UAGAAAUUGAUCAUUAUGGUCCACAAAACGAACUUGCCAAUGGUGUAAAUACUUUUCCAAAUGAUCCGAGUUUAUUUAUCAAGAUGAAAUCUAUAUCUCCAGAACUACGUAUGAUGUUAGCCAAUAUGGGACCAUGUCAACCAAUUUCUUCUGAACUGGGAAGUGGAUUAUUUUCUAUUAUUAUUGACACCACUACAGAUCUUACUCAUUUAGAACAAUUGGCCUUUGUUGUUCGAUAUGUAAUGGAUAAUGGUGAUAUACAAGAGCGUUUAUUAUCAGUUGAAGUAGCUAAAGAUGCAACUGGUAAAGGCUUAUUUGAUUCAUUCUGUAGUAUUUGUGAAAAAUAUAAUAUAAAUUGGAAGAAAGAAUUAUGUGCACAAGCUUUUGAUGGUGCUAGUUCAAUGCAAGGAAAAUAUCGUGGUUUAAAAAGUUAUAUACAAAAUGAAAAUCCUAGAGCUGUUAAUGUGUGGUGUUUUGCUCAUAUUUUGAAUUUGGUCGUGGUUAAUGUUUGUGAAUCUAGUAUUUAUACAAAACAAUUUUUCACCACUGUCCAAGCUCUUACUGUUUUUAUGUCCGCCAGGAAAAGAAAUGCCGAGUUCGUUGAUAAUCAAACCAAGUUAUAUCCUAAGGAUAAAAUGCUAAGAUUGAAAAAUUUAUCAACAACUCGAUGGUGUUCACAUGACCGCGCCAUCAAUGUAAUAUAUCAUAAAUACCUUGCUGUUAUUAAAACUUUAGAAAGUUUGUUAAAAUCUGAAGAUGCUUCAACUGUUAUACAAGCCAGAGGAUUAUAUCAUAGUGUUUCAUCUUUUGUGUUUAUUGCUGUUAUGAUUUUUAUGAGAAAACUAUUUGCUGUCACAACACCAUUAUCAAGUUACCUUCAAUCACCCAGGUUGGAUUAUGUAGAAGCCCUAUGUUUGGUUGAUAGUGUUCAGAAUAGACUCAAGGUUCUAAGAUCGGAAGAACAGUUUUCAUUACUAAUCGAUGAAUCAAAAUCAUUUGCUAGUGAUAAUAAUUUGGAUGUAACUGGUUUAAAAGAAAUUCGUAUUCGAAGAAUUAAGAAAAUGCCAGGAGAAUUAUGUCAAGAUGAGUAUAAUAUAGAUAUUCAAACUAAAUUUAAAAUAGAAUUCUUCUAUUAUUCAUUGGAUACUGUCAAUGAAACAUUGGAAAAUAGAUUUCGUUCGUCUCGAGGUCUUCUAACUGACCUAAGUUUGUUAACUGAAGAACGAAUAUUGUACACAAAAAAUAAUAAUGAGUAUGCACUGUCUAAAAAUGAGUUCAGUGAAUUGGCUAAAUGGUUACCAGAAAUACAUUUAGAAAAUCUUCAAACUGAAUACAAAGUUUUUGCUAAAAGUUAUCAGGCAUUGGAAAAUGCAAGUUCUAAUUCAAAUAUAUUUCAAUCGUUUAAUAAUGAAGAUGCUGUUGAUACUGAAGAUGAUGAAAACUAUAAUGAAAAUACAUGUAAUACAUCAAAAAAAGAACACAACCUUAAAGGAUUUUCAUCAUCUAUGCUACAUCUGCUUAGUUCUCAUGGAUUGACAGCUUCUUUUCCAAACAUAUAUCUAGCGUACAAAGGAUUAUGUACAAUACCAGCAUCGUCAGCAUCUGCUGAACGUACAUUUUCUAAGGUAUGCCAAUUAAGGACUUCUACUCAACAAGACCGUUUGGAAUCGUUGAUACUAAUAUCUUCAGAAAAAGAUAUAGAAAUUGAUCUUGAGAAGGCAACUGAUCUGCUAGCAAGAUCAUCAGAUAUUUUAUCAAAACAGUUGUUACCGUCUUAA